AUUUACAUAAUUACAUUACCAUUUUUUGAACUUUCGAAAUCACCGCAAAGCCACCUCUCUCUCUCUCUCACGGCUUUUCUUCUGUUACUCUCAGUCCUCUCUCUCUCUCUCUCUCUCUGUCUCUCUGUGCGAUCACUUGCUCUAUCUCUCGAAGUUUUUUCCCUGUCUUUUAAUCCUGUGGCCGAGGGCUGUAGGCGAGAGAUUCAUGUGCAAUUUCUUGUUCUCGUUUCAUUCUGGAUCAUGAUUUCUCGGGAAAUCCUCUACUUUUUCUGCGCCUGCAAGUUUUCCGUGAUUCCCGAUGCAAAAUUUCUUCUUCGACAUGCCUCCUUCCUCCAGAGAAUGUGAAAUAUUUCUCUCCCAUAUGUGAAAUAUAUAGAUAUGCAUUCAAUAAAAAAAAUAUAUAUAUGAAUAUGCAUUUCGCCUCGCCGAUCUGAGUUCCCGCGAUGGAUUUGCUUCCUUAGUACCCAGCUCUCGUGAAGGGAAAGAAACAGGUUCAGAAGCUCAAGUCUCCAUGGUCAUCUUCUGACUCCAGCUCUCCUCGCUGUGACGUUUUGGGUAAAGGCACGUUGAGGUGGAAAUCUCCUCACAAGAUCAUCGCAAUGCCGAUGAAAAGCUUAUUGGCGCGAGAAAUGUCGAAGCAAAAUGAAUCUAAAAGGAGGUCACCUAGCAUUAUAGCGAGGUUGAUGGGGCUCGAUGGGCUGUCGCCUCAGAGUUCUUCCCACAAACAGCACAAAUCUCUGGAGAAUCAUCAAAGCAGGAGGAGAGCAUGUGAGCAAGCUCAUGGAUAUGAUGGUGAUAGAUCUUCCAGGAGGGGCUCAAAGGAUGAGCAAGAAUUCAGAGAUGUCUUUGAAGUUUUGGACGCAAGGGUGGAAAGUGGUGGAAAUCUGUAUCGGGGAAGAGGGAAUACUAAUCUCACUGAGGCCGAGAUGGCGUUUAUACGGCAGAAGUUCAUGGAGACUAAGCGUCUAUCAACAGAUGGGAAACUCCAUCAUUCCAAGGAGUUCAGUGAUGCGCUUGAGGAUCUAGACUCUAACAAGGACCUCCUAUUGAGAUUUCUUCAAAAUCCGGAUUCAUUAUUCACUAAACAUUUGCACGAUCUUCAAAGCAUAGAUCGUAAACCGCACUGCAUCCAGGUACCGUCUUUGAAGUCUUCCAAAGGCCCAAUGCAUGUGGAUAGCCUCAACACACUGGAAUUUGAUAGAAAAUUGUCGAGGAAGAGUCACAGUGUGUGUAGGCAUGUUUCUUAUGAUAAUACACUUGACUUACCACAGGAGAAGCUUGUAGAGAAAAGUGUGAUGCAGCCCACCGAGAUUGUUGUUAUGAAACCUAAACUUGGGAAGACGAGAAAUGCCGGUAGAACCCUUUCAUCACAGAGUUCUUCUGAUGAGUUCAGGGCAGAUCACAGGCUUCCAUGGACAAGCAAUCGAGACUCAGACGCGUAUGACAGACACAAAGCAUAUAAAGAUGUCAGCCUUUCAAGGCACAAGACUAGAGAGUCCAGAGAAAUCGGCAAAAGAGUCACUAGGCAAGUGAAGAGAACCCGUGCCAGGGCCGGUUCCAUGAACUUUGAGACUUCAGGAUUCAGAGGUUAUGCAGGGGAUGAAAGCUCUUCUGGGAGUGACUCUACAAGUGGAUCUGAGUUAGUGCCGUCGGCUGCAAGAACAAGAAAUCGAUAUUUGUCUUCUGGGUCAACUGAAUCGUCUGUGAGUAGGGAAGCUAAGAGGAGAAUGUCACGGAGGUGGAAGCUGGCGCAAAAAUCUGAGCAAGGGCGGGAGAUGUGCAGAAGCAGUACAUUGGCUGAAAUGCUCGCGAUUUCAGAUAGGAAAGCUCGACCGGCAAGUUUUAAUGGCCUCAGCAAAAGGUUCGAGAACAAUAUCGGACAGUCUGAUUUGCCAGAACCGAGCGGAAUCAGCAGUAGGGAUGGCUGGAAAGGUGCAUCCACAAGAAAUUCUGCAAAACCCGGAACCAUCAUGAAUCAGGAGAGCUCUAGUUAUUACAAGAUUGUUAUACCUAAGGAGACAAUAAACCGAAAUGGGUUAGCUAAGAGGAGUUUUCACUAUGGGGAAGUACGGUUGAAACUGAUAGGAAAUUCGAGACCCAGUAGUGAUAACAAAUCUCGAUUGUCAUCCAAUACUUCACCAGAGAUCAACAUCUGCUCAAGUUCAAACAAAAUCCUUUAUAUGGAUGGCCGGGUUUUCGGACAGAAGCUUCCGGCUUUAAAAGCGCAUUCCGGUUUCUCAGCAGACGCAGAUUCAGACAAUGAGAAUGGUUCAAAUUUUGAGGAUACCAAGACCACCUUGUCUUCUGAAUCACCAAACUUGCCGGCUUCCACCCCGUUAACUGACCCUGAGGUGAAUCAGUCUUCUGUCUCUGAACUACAGUCUUGUGAGAACACAAAGGAAGGUGAUCAACCAAGUCCGGUUUCAGUUCUUGAAGCCUCUUUCCGUGACGAUUUCUCGUCCAGUUCCGAGUGCUUUGAGAGUAUUCACGCCGAUUUGCAAGGGCUGAGGAUGCAACUCCAACUACUGAAGCUAGAGUCAGGAGCCAUGCUUGUAUCAAGCGACGAAGAUGCAGAUCACGAGGAAUCAUCCUCAUCCAGACUAACGAACGAGAAGAUGAUCAACCGGGCAUCUCCCCAAGAUUGGAAAUCGUUGUACUUGGCCGAUGUCCUAACCUUCUCCAGGUUCAGUGACUCAAACCCUGAUACUUUCAUGGCGAGAUGGCACUCUACCGAUUCACCUGUAAAUCCAUUUUUGUUUGAGGAGCUUGAGAAGAAGUAUUCCGACCUAAAACCCUCGACAAGGAUAGAAAGGAAGUUCCUUUUCGACCGGAUCAACGAGGAGAUACUCCAGAUAUUCAAGCGGGUGAAACCAUCGAGGAUAUGUCUGGAUAUGAACGGGAUCCAAGAAACUCUAUAUGAUCUGGUCGUGAAUAAAGACGAGAAGAAAUCCGGGGAGGAGGCAGAGGAGAAAGUUCUGGACGAGUGGAAGUGGCUGAGGUUUGGAGAUGACAUUGAAGCCAUAGGUAGAGAGAUUGAGAAAAUGCUGACAGAUGAACUCAUUGCAGAGGUAAUGCUGUAGCUAUGUAGAGAAAAAAAAGAACGCUUUACUUGUCUAGAAAGUCACAUUUAUUACAAAUUCAUUACUAAAAUGCAACAUAUAAUGACAA